AUGCCUCCCGCUUCAAGAGGGCUUUUUCCCUUGCGCUUCAUACGCUAUACCUCUCGAAUCUCGGCUGCACCACUACGGAGACCGCUUCCAGACCCGAAACCCAGAGCGAGUGUCUUUAGGUCUGAGAGAAUAGCGGCUGCAAAGGGCCAAGAUGAGAAGAAGCAGGAAGGAAUAGAGGAAUCAAGGCAGGAACCUGAACAGGCACGAACAAAUGGAAAAGAAGAUGCGCCCCAAAACUCAUUCUUCGACUUCAUACCACCCUUUGCUCGACGUUGGAUAUGGGGUCUCUUCUUCAUUGCCCCUCCAUUGGGGUUCAUCAUCUUAGAAUUUCCAUUAGAACCUCUCUGGGUGAAUGGGCCAUCGAUGGCACCCUUUCUCAACGUCAAUUGGUCUCCUGAACUUCCUCCGACACGCGAAAUGAUCUUGAUCCAGAAGGUCCUAUUUGAGAGUCGACCGAAUAAUUUUCUUCGACUUCCCAAGUGGGAAUUGCAAAGAGGACAAAUCAUUGUGUUCUAUGCGCCGCACGAUCCUACAAAAUUGGCCGUGAAAAGAGUAGUGGCCAUUCCAGGUGACAGGGUUCAACCUCUUCCCGGAUAUCCUGGUGGAGACGACCCAGUCGUGGUACCGUUCAAUCAUGUCUGGGUGGAAGGGGAUGCUAAUAGCCGCGAGCAGAGCGUGGAUUCAAAUUGGUUCGGGCCAAUCAGUCAAAAUUUGGUCAUUGGAUUUGUCAAAGCGGUCCUGACGCCCUGGUACUCUCCGGUGGCCGUCAAUUGUGACGAGCAUGACUAUCCUGCCAAGAAUAGCGGAAGGAUCGAAAAGGAUGUGGUUCAAGACGCAAAGCUCGAUCCCGACCAUCGGAGUCUGAGUGAAGCAUUCAUCAACGGCACGGCGGCCAAAGAAUUGACCGUUAUCCGUCAAAACAAGGAGAUGGCAUUGAGGAUGAUGGGUAACCCGAAGAAAAUCUCCAAAAUGCGGAUGAUGUACUAUCAGGCCAUGUUUGAGCUGGAGCAACAGAAUCCUGAUUCACAGGAAGUGGCGCAGGGGAUUGUUGAUGAGUUGGGAUCCAUGUUCGAGUCUGCCGGACUGGCUAGGGAUGGAAGUCGACUACCCCCAGCAAUGAGACAAGAUGGCGAACAGACAACAGAGCAGGAUCUUCAACAAAGAAGACUCAAAGAAUAUCUCGGGAAGCAGGGAAACACGACUCCACCGGGAGUAGGGAAUGACAGUCCCAAUCUGUCGAUUUUGGGUGUGGAUUGA